AAGCGCAGCACCCUCACUAAGUGUCAAAUCAUUCUGUCCAAUUUUAGGGGUGAGUGGGGGAAGUAAUAAGUCUCCCUACUCUUUGGAAGAUGUUGACCCCAACACCUACAAGCCAGGCUACAAUUGGAUCUAAGCUUUCCAUGCUUUCCUUUAGAGAUUGCCGAUCUCUGGCCUCAGGUGCAAAAGCUGUGACGCCCACUUCUACAGGCCGGCCAAAGCCCUCCCCAGUACCAGUGACGGAUAUUCGGUCCAAGAUUUCCCCCAUCUUAUCCAAUGGUAACGAUCGGUUUGGCCUCAGGUGUUCAAGUGCGGGUGAGAAAGACCACAAUCGCAACAACUUGAGCAGUUCGAAGGGACAGAGGUGGAGCUCAGCAAGAAGCAGGGACAGUGGCAGAAGCACAAAGACCCACAGGCGCGCCUAUUCAGAUUUUUCCCCACCGUUGGAUGGCUUCAGCGCCGACAAGCUAAGAUUGAGGGAAAAUGGCUUUUGGGAUUUGGAGCUCAGCGGGAUGGGAGUCGAACGGCGCAGCUUGAAGCAAAUCCAAGGCAAGGGAAUUGGUGUGGGAGUUCCGUCAGCGCCCAUCAGAGAGGGAGUGGAUGCUGCACAAGGUUUGGGUGCAGAUUCCCAGUGGCUGUUAAGACAAAAAGACGGAGAGAUAUGUGAGCUCCGUAUGCUACUUCUGAAGGAGCAGAGGCUGGCUGCAAUAUGGGAACAGCGCGUGAAGGAGACUCUAAAGGCAUGGAGGGCAAAAGUAUGGAAGCUCGAGGAGUCGCGCAACAAAGAGCUGCGGAGCAUCCUGAAAACACUGAACGAAGUUAGUCAAUCGUAUGCUUGUAACGUUCAGAAGCUGACAUCGCGGGCUGAGCGAAGUGUGAGUUACUGUGUAUUCGAUGAGGAUGAAGAAAUCGACGAGCUGAUUGAUGGGGAAAGCACUCCCAGUGGUGGUUUGGGCGAUGAGGAGUGGAAGGAAUGGAGGAAGACUCGGCGGCGUAUGAGAGGGAAGAGCUUGGGAGGUAUGUGUGAGGCUAGGACAGCGGAAGGCGGCGGUGGACAAGACCUCGUCGCACAGGAGCUCUUGAGGCAGCAGGCAUUCAACCUGGAGAGGAAAAAUAUUUUGUUGGAGAGAGAGAUGGAGUGUUGUAAGAGCGAGCUCCGACAUAUGAAGGAUGAUAUGGAUAUAGUUUGUAAGGAGAACAUGCAGCUUCAUGGACGCGAUGCGCAGCAGAGACUUGAGGUGGAAGACGCGGUGAGGCAGAAAAUGGAGGCUGAAAAAAGAGCUGAAGCUCUCUUAGAGGAGCUCGCUGGUCUGCGCGACGAAAUGAAGAGAAUUCAGGCAGGACACCGGAAAAAGAUCGUCGAUGGAGAAUGUGUUUGCGACCACCAGGUCCAGUCUGUGGUAGGGCUAAAAGAAGAAUACUGUGCGAGUCAAGAGCAUGCGCAUAAUUGUUGUUGUCGCCCUGGAGAUUGCAGUGGGCAGCUCCCGGAAGCAGUGCCGAGGACACCGGAAACGGUGCUCCUCAAGGUGGCCAUGUCACCGGCAGCAGUAAGCACAGGGGAAGAAGCGGGUCCAUUCCCAUCUGACGGUGAUGCAAAUAACAGGGCAGAGAGUGCGACCAAAGUCGUGGCCUCGCGGAAUGACACAUAUGACACUUUUCAUGAUGUCAAUCCACUCGACAUGCUAAACGACGACACGACACAUGAUAUGCAGGGCCUGAUAAACAUGUCCGCUGGUGAUAGGAAUGCCGCAGGUGGCGGCGCUGAGGGGGAAGUGGAAAGUGCCUGGAGGUUCAGGGAAAGUGUGUCAGGAUCACUUCUCAGUCUGCACGACCAGCGCGCAUCACAAACUGUUGGCUAUCACCUGAGAGGCUUGAAGAAGCCGCCUCCACAACAGAUCCAUCCUCCCUCAAGCGCUGAUGCAAAUGUUGAUGUAAAAAACUCGAGACCUCGUGCUGCUCGGCAUACCAGAACUGAUUCAGCACUAUCAGUCAUACUGUCAUCUUUUCGCUUCCCACUGUCACCAUGUAGGGACGAGGAUGGGUGUCCGGGCAUUCAUGCUACCGACUGCGAUAGCCCAUGUGUCGAAAUACAUGACCUUCAGAUGGACCCGAUUCAGGAUGACAGUGACGAAUCUGACGAUGGUGCUGGUGAUGAGCAGGACGAUGAUUCUCUCCAAGUGACGAACGUCGUGAGUACAAUAAGAGGAUUAGAAGAAGCCACGACUGCGAAAACUGUUGCCUCUGCUGUGAGAAGUGACCGCAGAGAAAGUAGCAAGGUAGAUGCUCAUGCUUCUAGAUGCAUUGAAUGUUGUUCGCCGGUGAAGGCAAGCAGCAGUGGCCGGACGGAGGAAACAAGCAGAGAUACGUUCCCCCAUGUGGAAUGCUCUGGAGCCAAUGCUGGAGAUGGGAUCACAGCCGCUGAGGACGGCACCCUGGACUCAGCCGAUGUGAACUACGAUGUUGGAAGAUUUGCACCAGUUGGAACUCAAGAUUCGUAUGAGAAGUACCUUACAGGAGGACGCGGAGCAAGUCCUAGGUGUCUAGUUCUUAAUCGGCGGAUCUCUGUGGACGACAGGAAGUGGGCUCGAGGUCGAGCAGACAUGAGUGCCAGCAGAUUGACAGCACACCAGUUCGUCUGGUGCUCACAUGAUCUGGAGGGAGAGAGGCACGUUGCCGGUGCAUGUCCGCUUAACGCUCGCCUUUAUCAGCAGAUGGCUUUUUACGGCGAGCGCGCAGAACAGGAGCAUCAGGACAGGGGAGUAUUACCUGUGUGGAGCUCUGUGCAGGCUAGUUGGCUCUCACAGAGAGAGGAUUGCGCAACCAACAGCGAUGGCAGAGCUUCCACUGCCAGCACUGCCAUGGAGAUCAUAGUCAGCCCCAUGCAGGGCAAGCUGCUUGUGGGUAAUGGUGGCAGGCUCGGAACAGCUCCUGACAGAAACUGCCUGAGGAUGGCCAGUGUGGAGGAUACCUUACGUGGAGGAGGAGGAGAGGCUACCCAGAGCUUGGACAAGGAGGUCAAGGCAGCAGCUAAGCCCUGUCAUCGUGCAAGUGCAGAGGGGGGGAAACAUGUGUUGCGGGUUGAUAGGCGUGAGGCAGAUGAUUGUCACCGUAGUUGCUUGGGCCCACGGAGUCGGGAGAAGGUCAGUGGAGACUCCUUCGAGGUGGGUUACGUUAGAGACCAUGUUGUAACUAGCCUGAUUUGCGGGGAUCCCUCGUCAACAACAGUGUGGGUGGAAAAUAUGGUAGGUGUUGAUAAGGUUGCAGUUGAUGUUCUAGCAGGUAUAGUUCUUUCAGGCAGAAACAUGGGCAGGAGCAGCGCAUCGUCUUUGCUUCCGCAGAGGGUGGAAAACUUGAGGGAGUGUCUGCCUGAGGCAGACGACAGGGGGCUGAACAGUGCAGAGUAUGCUCCCUCGCAAGGAGAUUGGAAGCUUGAGAUUUGUGAUGACGAUGAGGAUGCGCAUCAUCACGCACGCCUGCCAGAGAAACUGGGCCACCAUUUCACGGUAGAAAUGUCUUCAGAAGGCUUGUUACUGGGUCCAGGCUUGGAGGAAGAAGGUGAACAGGAAGCAGGCAGGAGAAUGGACUCGUUUACAAAAACGCCUGAUUUGGACCCGAAUGCAGCUCACAAGUCUGGCAAUGGGGGCACUAAUGGUGGUGAUCAAACUGAUAGGGGGGUCAUUGUACGGGGGGGUAAAAAGGAUCUUGCAGGUGUGACUCCUGCAGAAAGUGACGUACUUCGGGGUGAGCAAGAAGGUGAGGUCGUCCAUCGAUUAGAUCUACCGUUGAACGGCUCUUCUUUAGAUAGACUUGUGGAUGAGCUUCUGGCUAAAGGGCAUGCAGGAGGUGACCGUCCCUCUCUUCCCAGUGGGCUGCUAGGGGAAGGGCGCAGCGACAGGGCCGGUAAGCAUGUGAUCUGCAGCACAAACAGUGCCAGGCAGAUACGAAGUGGAUGCAACGGUAGUGCCACUAACCCUGUGAACUGCAGGAAGGCUACAGUAGGAAACAACGCCCCGCAGCCAAAUGAGCCAUCUGCUCCCGGUGACAGUGUUGGCUGUGAAAAAGACAGCUCGCCUUGCUCUUGUAGCCCUUGGAAAAGGAGGUGCAAUUCGCUGCUAUCAACUUCGGCGGGGGGAAGGGCUGGGUGCACGACUUUGGAGAGAGGUGUGUGUUUGGCGCAGCCAUCAAUCCCCCUACACGACAGAAUGGGCAAAGACAUGAAGGACAAGUGCUUUGUUUUGCUGACAAAGCAUCGAACGGAAGAAGGACAAGAAAAGAAAGCAGAUGAAAGCGCAACGGAUGUCAGGACUUCAGCGAUGGUGGAAUCCAGGAACGGAAGGGCGACAACGGCUGCAGAGUCCCUACCAGUUGUGGAUGGGCAGAGCGCAACAGUACUUGCGGAUGACACCGUGGACUCGGGAAGCAUGGUGACUGAGGAGGAGGCUGGCAUUGCUAAAGAGGGCGAUAUUUCCACAGAAGACAGCCAUGAUGAGAGAGGGGCACGAGGUGGUGGCGUCAAAAGAGGUGUAUCAUCUGCCAGACCCAGUGGUAGAGGUACUCUCACGGGCAGAAAGAAGGAAUGGGGAGCUGGUGGGGGAGUCUCCUGGGCUGGUGGGAGCAACGUUACUGCAAAGAAUACUUCAACAAGAAUUGUCGGGACGUUGGCGAAGGGUUAUCUCUCUCUCAGAGCGCAGCCGACGACCGGCACAACAGAGGCUAAUGGUGGAGGUUAUGUAUUUGUUGUGAAGAAGGGUAAUGGGAGGGGUGUUGGUAUGAUUGUAGGACAGGUAGGGAAGGUAGCAAACAACUCCAGGGAUUGUGGCCCAGCGGCGGCGGGCCUGCUACCGCCAGCAGGUGAUAGGAAAACUGGUAAACGAGGAGCCGGAGGUCCUGCAAAAAGGGCAGAGGAGAAGAAAGGGCCGAGAGCGGUUGAGAAGCCAAAAGUGAGCCUUAACCGGGUACAGAGACUGCCGGGCACGGAAAAGAGGGGAAAGAGUGGUUUGAGGCAUUUGCCAGGAAAUCAAGUUGACAGGAGAGCUUCAAAGUGCUGUUGUGGCAAGAAUGACUGAAGCUUGAACGCAACUGGAUGUUGUUCAGGGUGGGUCGUGAGGGCCACAACUGGAGCGACUGACUACUCACUGCAUGGCCAGCGCACCACAUUUUUCACAAAACAAGCAGCUACUGGGUGUGGUCAAUGGUCACUCUCUAUGGCACCCCUUGUUAAUCCUAUGAAAGGUCAGCUCAGGCCCUUUGAAGUUUGAAUCGAAAAAGAUCAGCUGAAUGCACCAGGACAGUCAUCACGUGUGACGACAAGAGAAAAGAGGGUGGUGGGUGGCGUCAUGAUUGUCAGAGAUCAUUACAGUCGGUCAGGCUGAGCCUGUGCUGAGCUAAAAAAACUCCUAAGCAAUAGUUGAGGACACCCCUUAAAUUAUUGUAAAGUAUAGGCCUGUAAUUCUUGAUUGAUUGAUCGAUUGAUUUGUACUUGUAGAGGUGUAACAUUCAGUUGUUAGCCAGGCCAGGAUAUCAAUAUAAUAGAAUCAUAGAUCUUCCAGAUUGACAUCUAUCUACAGAUGUAGAGCAGAGCUAAGUGAGUCAGGAGGCACAGAACGAAGUACUGAUGCAGCUGCGGUCAGCGGCUACACCGUAUUGGGCAGAGAGCUGAGAAGGAACAGACUUGAGACGAGGAAGGAGCAAAACACAACAACAGUUUGAAAAAAACUUUGAAUUAUGGGCAAUGAUGAGGUUGCAAAUGAUUAAUCAUAUAAAGCGCAUUCCACAAGAGCGAGUCCUGGAGGGGUGGAGAGACUGAUCCACAAAAUGGACAAAGGGAGAGUGAACUGAGUACGUCUGUUAAUGCCAUCAUCAAGGUUAUACAAACGUUUCAGAAGGAGAAGAAAGUAGAAGUUGAGGGCCUUGGAUUCAAUCAUGAAUCCAUGAUAGAGUAAGAAAUGAGGAGUGGGGAGUCACCCUCCAUGAGAAAGUGUGUAUACAGACUCAAAGGAACCAGAGAAAGGGUGCAGAGAGCCUGUGAGAGGGACAAAAAAAUGACCAGAAAUAGUAACAGAUGUUCAGAGACGACAGGUAAGAGGUGAGGAGUAGAACGGGACCGGAUAGGAGAAAGAGAAUUAGAUAAGAGCUGUUGGAUGAGCUGUCAAAGACAACAGGUGCGCAGGGACACAGGGAGAAUGGUGGGAUGGAGGGCUAAGGAAGGAGAAAAGGAAAGACGGAAGGACAGGAGAUAAAAGGAGAGAAGAGAGGAGACGAAGAGAACAACAGCCUGAACCAACACAUAUUGACAGGGGUUGUCCUGUUCCUACUUGAGGAACUAGGUGCUGAACAGAUCGCAACGAGAAUGGCAUCAAUGACUGAAGGGAGUGAAGUCUCUGCACAAUAAGUCGAUUGAUAUGACGCUGUUGCAGCAGUGUUGCUCUGCCUCUGCUUCUUGGACCUUGGAAGAUAGGCACUAUGCGUCGUGUCUCUCCUUGAGGAGUAGCCUGCCGGCUGCACGGAUGUUUUUAUUAUGUGUUUAAGCUUGAAAGACAUGGUUUGCCUGACUCUCAAGGCAUCACCUAUCGUCCUCCGAUUACACAUACCGUUAGCAGUGGAUGUCUCCACGGCGGUGGAAGUCAUCACUGGAAGUUAGUAGUUACCACUGGAAUUUACCUCAGACUCUCUAAGAGUGAACGCCAGAGUCGUCACCAGGAGUUACCGUGCGGAAUUUCUGUCGAGAGUUACCACAAACGGUAAGUUACCACAGAAAGCUGCUUCUGAAUAUUGCCACCCGAAGAUCACUGCUGGAAGCUACUUCUGGAAGUUACCAUGGCUAGUUGCUAACAGGCAGUAAGUUGAAAUGUCCCACUGGAAGUUACCAUGGCGAGUUGCUAACAGGCAGUAAGUUGAAAUGUCUCACCGGAAGUUAACCAUGGCGAGUUGCUAACCGGCAGUAAGCUUAAAUGUC